AUGAGCGACGGAAAAGACAAGAAUGACUCGAUCUGGGAAAUUGGGGUCUUUGACUCCCACUGUCACCCCACUGACAUUAUGGCAUCAGUCAAGGACAUCGCCAGGAUGAAAGCCAGAGUCUUGACGAUCAUGGCCACGAGAUCUCAAGACCAGGAUAUGGUUGAGAAGACGGCGAGGUUGUGUCCUGUGGGCUCCCCCAGUGAGCUUUCUGAUAUCCAAUCCACACGUGUGGUGCCAGCUUUUGGCUGGCACCCUUGGUUUUCUCAUCAAAUGUACGAUGACCGGAGCACACAGGAUCAACCAGAGCCUGUGGAGCAUUACAAAUCUGUCCUCGUGCCCAGCCCGCAAGACAAAAUGUUUUUGGAAGCUCUGCCAGCCCCGGUGUCUCUCCGAGAGUUUCUACAGCGGACCGAAGCACGACUGAAGGAGUUCCCAUAUGCUUUGGUUGGCGAGGUAGGCUUGGAUCGUUCUUUCAGAUUGCCUGAGGUUCCGAGUGCCAUGACAGGUGAUACAACACAGAAAACUGGCGGCUCCGAGGAAGAAUAUACGCCCGGGUCGCGCGAGGGCCGGCCUCUGAGUCCGUAUAGGGUGAACCUGGAUCAUCAGAAGACAAUCCUGAAAGCUCAGUUCGAUCUUGCAGCGAAGAUGCAUCGGCCAGUGUCUGUGCAUAGCGUUCAAGCACAUGGCCUCGUCUUCGAACUCAUGCAGAGCUUGUGGAAAGGCCACGAGAAGCCCUCGAAGCGCGAAAGGAAACAGCAAACGGCCGCUGCCGCCAGCACAACCAGGGACGACGAGGAGACUGGCAACGCUAUUACACAUCCAAGCCUCCCUUACCCCCCACGAAUUUGCAUGCAUUCCUACUCUGGCCCCCCUGAUGCGCUCAAACAGUUUCUUAAUCGUGCUGUGCCUGCAGACGUCUAUUUUUCGUUUUCCUCCGUCAUCAACUUCUCAAAUGUGUCGUCCACGAAGGUUGCCAAGGUCAUUGAGGAAGUACCCGACGAUCGAAUACUUGUGGAGAGCGACCUACAUUGCGCUGGAGAACGAAUGGAUGCCUUACUGGGUGAGAUCGUCGAGAAAAUAUGUGAGAUCAAGGGAUGGUCUCUGGAGGAUGGUGCUCGGAGACUGAAACAAAACUGGAUUAAGUUCAUAUUUGGUUGA